AUGGCUAGUACUAAUCCUGAUAUGACCACUGAAAUGAACAAUGAUAUUCUCAGUGAUUUGAAUCCAACUCAGGAGCACUUCUUAAAGAAGUAUUUAUUGGAAAACCGGUUGACCCAGGAACUCCAUUUGCUAUCACAACCGAAUUGCUGCCAAUUGUUUGGACCACCUUUUAAGUCUACACCAGAACAGACGGAAGAAUAUCAAUUCCCGUUGCUAAGAUUUUUUUUCGACAAUUUUAUCGCUACAUUUCCUUUUAUUGCUACCAAUAAGGCUGAGGACCAAUUAUCGUUUUGGCAAGAUACGGUACAAGAAUUCCUUGAAAGUUUUAAUCUGAAGAAUAUUUCUGAUUCGCAAGAGAGACAGGAUAAUACCACCAAAAGGAGACAAAUAAAUAAGAAGAUGUUGUCAAGUUUACUCUUGUUUUAUAAUUCUAUGCUUAUUACAGAGAAGGACUUGGAUUAUUUACAUAAUGAGCAUUUAAAGCCCUCAGAGACUGGAGCGUUAGAUAAAAUACGAAAGAAGCCAAGUUCUCUCGAAAUUGGUGCAUCGUUAGAAGACUUUGGGGGGUUGGAUGAAUAUGAAAAGAUGAAGUUUACCAACGAUUUAAAUUUGAAUAUAGUUGCAGUCAAGCGCAUCAAUAACCAGAAUGGGUCCGGAUCAGAUUCUGCUGGCGCUUCGAGAUGGAAUAUAUUUAAGGAAGUUUCGAGGUUGUCGCCAUAUUCUAAUAAUACCGUGAGACAUAACUACGAAUUUGUCAUUCAAUAUACCAAAAGGGAAGCGGAUAAAGAAGGAACUUACCACUACACUUCGUAUUUUAUACCGAGACCUUACCAUGAAUUUAAAAAACUCGAACAUGACCUUAAGAAGAAGUAUCCUGGGUUGAUGUCUACUGAUGUCCCAAAACUACCCGAAAAAUUAAAGCGCGACGAUGGAAUAUCAAGGAAGCCAGAGCUGGAGCUGUCGCUUUUAUCUCGUAACAGUUCGUUUGAUACUAAUGAGGAUAGCACGCAGGAUGACCUGUCUUUUAAAACUGCAUCAUCUCUGGCGCUGGGUUCUGUCACUCCUGAACCCCAAAGUUUGGCAAGAGAAAGACUUAGAUUGGCGCUUAGAGGAUAUCUAAACAACCUUAUUAAACAUAAUGAAAUUAUUCAUUCCGAUAUCUUUUAUCAUUUCGUGUUCAAUCCACAUUUGCAGUAUGCAAAAUUACCCCCUACUGAAUUGCAUGAUUACGAAAAUAGAUUAGAGCAUGAAAAGGCUAAAGCCGAAACCCAGCUUGAAUUUCAGAAACAAACCGCUACUGCGAUCAUAGAAUUAGGAAAAAAUUUUGAUGAAUUCAAGAAAAAAUUGAUAAUGAACCCGGAAGCACUUACAGAGAUAUUUGAAGAAAUUGGAAAAUCUCCCAAGGUGGAAAAUUUGUCACCCUUGUUAAAAACUUUCGUGGAAUGGUCGAAGCUUGAGGUUGCUGCAACAUUAUACCAAGUUUUCUUGAGUGUUGAUAAUUCAAGCGAAUGGUUGCUGAAAUGUAGAAAGUUUCAUGCAUUAUUUCCAUAUAAUAUAGUGUACGGCAUAUUAAAGUUUACGAAUCCAAUGAAGAUGGUGUCAAGAAUAAUUGAUUUAUUAUUGGCAAAUUUUCCGUCUUUCUCAUUGCCUCUGUUUGGAUUUUCGGGCUCAAAAGAAUUAGCAGAUGCAUCUAAAUCGACGAAAGCAAGAAAUUUAUUGUCUUUGAUGUUUAUAAUGCUUUUAGACGAAGAUUUAAACGAUUUCAAGAAAGAAUUGAAAACUUUAAAAGACGAAAAGUUAUCCAGCAAUAUGAAAUAUGAAGCAUUUUUACAGAGAAUUGAAAAUUAUGUCAAUAUAGCAGAUGAAUCCGUAGUGGAAAGCAUAAAAGAAGACUCCAGAAACUCAGGGGAGGAUUUGUUGCUAACCCUUUUAUCAACAGACCGCCUUGAGCCUGUUUUGAAUGCCCAAGAUAAAAGUACUUUCACUGAUAUUGCGAAAUCGUACCAGUCUUACGAAGAGAUUAAAGACAAGGAAAAAUUAUCAGAAUCAGAAUUAUAUUUCAAUUUAAAGCAAUAUUGGUUAAUUUUGCUUAGAAAGAAGGAUAAAGACCUUAUGAAACAGUUGUGGCAAGAACCGGAAUUAACACGAUUAAUCAAGAAAUUCUUGACAAUCUUCUAUCAGCCCUUAAUGCGAGUAUUUGCCAAAUGCGAUAUUCACCUCGUCUUUAAGGACUUUCAAAGGUUCAUGGAUGAUUUACUAAGCGAAUUGACCCAAUUGAGUGAAGAAGAUAUGUACUACAUGAGUCCGUUUGAGAUAUUUGAAAGAUCAAGAGCAGUAUUUGACAGACACGAAAACGCAUUGUGGGGGUUCAUUCACAAUUUGUACGUGAAGGACGAUGAAAAGCUUUUCUUGAACAUAAUCAAGUGGAUUGAAAAAUUCCUUUACAUGUUGAGAAUUAAGUUCACAGAUUCUCCAAAGGUAACGAUCGACCUCAAAUCAGCCAUGCCACCAGACGUCGACCAGAGCCUAUUAUUGCAACAGCUUAACCAACGAAUCACCAAAACUCUCCAGAAGAGAUCGAUACUCAAGCAGUAUUUAAAUAAAAAGGCCCAGUCCGACGAAAUUGUCGGUACCCAGGACGCAUUAGAUGACCAAUGGAACUACCUAAACGAAGGCAUGUUACCCGAGAUCACUGGCGGUGACCUCGGUAUCAAUGACGAAGAUAUAGAUGAUUUCAACUUAUUGCAUAAGGAGACUGAGGCUAAUACAGAUAGUGCACUUGAUAGGGAUCUCCAGAUGAAGUUGAGUAAACUAGAAAAAGAGCUAGAUGCUUUCGGCACAAGUGAACUAGAUAAAUUUGACGUUUUACUACGUACACAGUUAGAUGGUCUAUUGAAAAAUACACACUAG